AUGUAUCCUGCGUUUUAUAUAAUUCUGCUCGCUCUUGGUGCAGUUCGGUUGGUCAAUCACGCCAAAUCAGUGCCACAGUAUCGUAACGGCGGAUUGUUUUGGCUACCGGAAGUGCUAUCUACAACAGUAACGCUCGCUGGGUUUUCUGUUCGAAUGGCCGCCACGGAAGAACGUACCUAUCCGACAACUCUGGAGGGUUUCGGGUACGGUUUCAAUGACGAAGGGAAGUUGCGACACAUCGACAAAGAAACGGGAAAGAUCACCGAUCGUAUCUUUGAUUAUCAGGUGUACACGUCCCUCUCCGAGAACCAGGCGCACUACGAAGCCCUUGGCGAUGUAAUCACGGAAUAUGUGUACACUCGGCUGGAGGAAAAAGAGGGUUUGAAGAAACUGUACGUUCCAGAUGAUGUGCCGCCCGAGGAGGCAACGUUUGUUUUUAGCACCAAGGAAAAAUUGGAUAAACCCAAGAAACUGCUCGUUUUGAUACACGGAAGUGGAGUGGUGCGCGCUGGACAGUGGGCUCGCAGUUUGAUCAUCAACGAUUGCCUUGAUUCUGGCACCCAGAUUCCGUAUAUUAACAAGGGCCGAGAGCUGGGCUACGAGGUGCUGUUGCUGAACACAAACGAUAACUAUCGCACAGUAAACGGUGUUAGGAAACCGAUCCGUGGUAGUCGUAAUCCGACCGAGCAUGCCGUUACCGUGUUGGAGAAGUACAUUCAAGCGAGCAACCCCGAAUCCGUGGCGAUCGUCGCUCACAGCUAUGGUGGCGUCGUAACGGUGGAGCUUGCACAACGGUUUCCGGACUUUUUCAAGCAGAAAAUUUUCGCCGUAGGAUUCACGGAUAGUGUGCAUGCGGGAUCGCUCGUGCCAGAUGUGUUGAAGAAGAUUACUCGGAACUGGGUGACGGCAAAGGAUCCCCUUGAUACCCCGCUGACAAUCACGAAGCAUGAUAUUCCGCGGCAUUCGGCAGGGCACAUUAAACACGAAAUGACAUCCUACAGCUGCAUGAGUGCACUGUUUGAUUUUCUGGAGAUGCGCUACGCCGCGUUUCGAGAGGCGGGAAGUGUGACUGAACCACAACCCAAGAAAGCAAAGGGUGACGAACUGUAGCCCGGUGGAGCUUGGUUCGACUUUAUUUCCGUUGUGAAGAAAAAAAAGUUAUAAUAAAAUACAAAACCUGAAAGAUUCAAAACCAAUUCUGAGAUGCUUUGG